AACGACAUCGCCCUGCUGGAGCUGGACCAGCCCGUGGAGUGCAGCGACUACAUCCAGCUGGGCUGUGUGCCCGACGCCUCGCUGAGGGUCUCUGAGCUGAAAUCCUGCUACAUCGCCGGCUGGGAUUUUGCCAAAGCUCAGGGAGCAGGCAUGGCGCUGCAGGAGGCCAAGGUCCACCUCAUGGACACGGAGCUGUGCAACAGCAGCCCAUGGUAUGCAGGAGCUGUUCAUCCUGACAACCUGUGCGCUGGGUACCCACAGGGCACCAUCGACACCUGCCAGGGGGACAGCGGGGGUCCCCUCGUCUGCAAGGACAACACAGCCGACUACUUCUGGCUCGUGGGAAUGAGCAGCUGGGGAAGAGGCUGUGAAAGAGCCAGGCACCCCGGGAUCUACACCUCCACUCAGCACUUCUACAACUGGAUCCUGCUGCAGACGGGCCUGAGCCCGGCAGAAAGAGUUGGUCCAGCACCAGAGCCAGUCGCCACCUCGAUCCCAGAGCAGCGUCUGAAACCGGCAGCAGAGGGAUACAUCGGCUUGACCCCUGAGCACAGCCAGAGACCAGCGCUGGCAUCCUCGGGCACACUGAUGCCCAUGGCCUUCCCACACCAGAUCCUGGCGCAAUUCUGGAAUCUGGUGCAGGAGUUCCCGCAGUUUCUGAAGGACAAAAAGGUUUGAGCAGCAGUGGGACGAGCAGGAUCCAGGGCUACAGUGGACCGUGSCAUUUCCUGCUGGGCCAAAGGUAGCCUUGGGGCCAGAGACUUCUCUAUGCUGCCCAUGCUGCUCUGCUGCGGCCACGCYGAUGCUGACGUGACCG